CAUCCUUUAAACCCUGAGAAUUUUAUCCGUUAUCAGAGAUUAUUCCUAGAGUGCAGUUUUUUCAAGAUGGAGCUCCGAUUAUCUUGGAUUAUCUUGAUCUUCACAAUCUUCAUGAUUUCAGGAUCUCCUGCAGCUGCUAGUCCAGCCAGAGCAUUGGAAGCAACGACCACAGAAACUGUCCCUGAAUAUGCCUUUUACCUGUGCAUUGAGGUCACCAACCGCAUCUACAACAAUUCCCUCAAAAAUCAGAAUUCAGCUGACUAUAAAGCCAUGUAUGCAGAUAUUAGCGGAGUGCUGGAGGUAAUCUAUAACUGCACUGAAUGUGGCACAUAUGGAGCCUACCGGGGGAUUGCAGAAAUGACCUUCAGCAAUGGCUCUGUGAUUGCAAACUGUACCAUCGUGUUCCAGACUGUGUAUAUAAACGCUGUUUUGGUCAAGAGUCUUUUCGGCUUUAAACUCCCAGCCAACAACAUGAUCAAUGGCCUUAACAUCAGCCGUGAAUACACACAAGAUAAGGUCACACCUGUACCAGCUGCAGUACCAACCACCACCACACCUCUCCCGACCACAACCCGUACCACCAGACCAGCAACCACAACAACCACCCAAAAUACAACCACAGCGACUUCAAAACCCCCCAACAACACCACAACCUCUUCAGCUCCAUCCAGCACAACCACAGCCCACCCUAACACCACCACAACCACACAGCCUGCAUCAAACUCCAUCACCAGUCCCACAAUACCCAACAAUACCACAAAACCCUUUUCCAACACAACCACAAGCCACACAUCAAUCACCAGCCCCAGCACACCCAACAACACUUCCAAAACUACUAUCACCAGUUCCAGCACACUCAGGAAUACCACCACCCCCACACCCACCUCCAACUCCACAUUCAACUCCACUACUAAAACCAGAAAAACCGAAGCCGUUAGAAUUCCCACCACCGCUUCUCCAGUGAGUCCAGGUGGGGCUUACUACUAUAGAGGAGUCCCAGGCUGGGCCAUUGCUUUACUUGUACUGGCCUGCAUCAUCCUCCUGCUCCUCAUCAUCCUCCUCAUCAUCACGCUCAUCCGAUGUUGCUGUUGGGAUCCAGAGAGAGACCCAGAGCCAGAACCUUUACCCCCACUACCAGAGCAGCACACACCUUAUGAGAGAAAAACUUUCAAAGAACCACUUUCUACCCCCAGCUACAGCCCCCAGACCCCACAAAAGAGCCCCAUCCCCGCAUCUCCAUAUGAGGAUCCAACAAAGCCUAGAGUGAACCGAACAGGGAUGUAUGUGGUGAACCCAGAGAGCUGAUGAAGAACAGCAGCACCACAUGGUGAGAGAUUCCUGUGGAUUGUAAAAACAUUGUGGAUGCCCGUUACUCUUUGACACAUCCUUCCAAACACCACUGCCCCAGGGCAAUGAAAAAGGGACUUCACGUGGAACUGUGAGAAAAAACGUGCAAACCCUUUGGAGCUAUAUGGAGUUCUGCAGCAAUGAUUCCUAAAAUGUAACCUGAUUUUUUUUUGUUAACCAAACACUUUUAUUAAAAAAUGUAUAAUUAGUCAAG